AUGACAACACCUCCUCCAAGGGCAGAUCAUCCUAAUCACCUCGAGAAGGAGGAGGAGGACGGAAAGGAAGAGGAGUUGGACGAGGAUUUUGAUCUCUUCAGCGACCAGGUCGACGAUCCCUCCAGCGAUGUGAAGUCAUCUCUUCAGCAGCGCGCCGAGCUGGCACGCCGGAAAAAACUUGCUCGGCUUCCACCGCCGUCCCAGCGGACAUGUGCGCAGAACCGGAUCGCAUAUGUCCUCUCUGGCCAGCGCCUCCAGCCUACACGCCUCUCGCGCGUGUUCAGCCUCGAGGAAUGCGAGCUGCUCAUCUCUGCAGUCGUCGAUUAUGCUCAGAGGCGGGGUGGGCUGCAGAGGGACCGGCACGAGAAGUUUGCCACUACCGACGUGCCAGUCUCUGACCUUGGUCUCCCGCGUGACACCACCACGGGCGAAACUGUUGGCAAUCUUGUCUUGACAUGGGUCUCGGACCGUGUUCUACAACCCCUAGCCAGGAUGACUGGCUUUCGACCACAGGACCUGGGGCUCAAAGACCUGUUCGUUGUGUGCUACUGUGGAGGGCAAUCCGCAGCAAGGCAAGAUCACAUGGUCCCAUAUUAUCCCAUACCCUCCAAGCAGGCUUCGCUUGCCAUCCACAGCGACGGGUGUCUACUGAGCUUCUCGCUUCUGCUCAACCACCACGAUGCAUUUGAGGGCGGCGGCACCUUUUUCCAGGGGUCUGGCGAGACCUUCCGAGUCCAGCAGGGUGACCUUUUGAUGCAUGACGCAGGUUUGGAACACGCCGGUGCCGAGGUUAUCAGCGGUCAGAGGAUCAUGUUAGUCGGCUUCGUAGAGACGGUCGAUGUGCUCCGGGAAAAGCUACUCUGGGAGAAAACGAGCACCGAGAAGCGAUCUGUCCGUCAAGAUUAAUGAGUCCUUGACGCUUCUAGAACGAGGCCAGAUCUCGCACACAUGGCCUGUGCAAGCAACGUGAUUCAGCCAACUGAUUAACACUGAUACAUGCUCCUUGAGUACCUUUGAGAACAAACAAAAUAUAGUAUGGAUUUCAUAGCUGAGUUUCUGGGGGGGUGGGGGGUUCAGCUCAUCAGCAGGGCAUGGCGGACCAGAAUCCU